GGAGGGGGUGCAUUUUGGGUCUGCGCCCGCCCCCGGCGUCAUCAGCGCUGAAUGUUGUGGACGGCCCCGCAGGCCUGAAAACGUACGUGGAGCAGG